GCGAAGAUCUGUCACAGGGACCCAUUCAGUCCAUAUGCUGGGGAUCCUCCGGUCAUUCCUGUUGUCGUCUCGCAAGGGAAGGUGGUGGACGGUCAGGCUUGGUCACUGGGGAGGCAACGAUGAAAGGCAAAGAGCACGAGAAGGUGACAGAAGCCAGGGCCAUUAAAGCGACAGCACCAAUACAUUCCCCACAGAGAAGCACCCGAAGCCAUGCCUUGCAGGAGGCUGCCGGACCAAGCCCCGUGGCCAUCAACGCCAUCUCGGCCAACAUGGAGUCCUCCAGCAGCCGCACAGCUGCCCUCAAAAAGCAGCCCAGCCACAUGGAGGCGGCUCACUUUGGAGACCUGGGCCGAUCCUCCCUGGACUAUCGGGCUCAAGAGACCAAAUCCAGCCUUUCCAAGACACUCGAGCAGGUCCUCCGCGACCCGGUGGCCCUCCCGUAUUUUAUCCAGUUCAUGGAGCUGCGUCGCAUGGAGCACCUGGUCCGUUUCUGGCUGGAGGCUGAGAGUUUCCACUCCACCACCUGGUCCCGCAUCCGCGCGCACAGCCUGAACACGGUGAAGCACAGCUCCUUGGCCGAGCCGGUCUCCCCUUCCAUCACGGAGCGGCCCGAGAACCCCUUCUCGCCUUCUCCCUCUUCCUCUUCUUCCGAGUUGCUUGACAGACGCCCAGAGGAUUUGGCCCAGCCUUUGUCUCUCAAGCUAUCAACGGCUGGACUGAACGGCCGAACGUUUACUCUCCAGAAGCGUUUGCUGCUUUGCCAAGAUGGUGGGGCCAGGAGCGGAUGCAGCGGCGGCGGCAGUAGUCUUGGGGCCAAAAACCCCGAGGUAGAGGACUGUCCGGUUCCAGACGAACCUCACGAUGCUUCCAAAGUCUCCGUAUCCAAUAGAAACAGUCCUUCCUUUGCACUAAAGGACUUGUCAGGAAAACUUAUGAAAAGUAUAGAACAGGACGCGGUUGUAAUUUUUACCAAAUAUAUUUCUCCCGAUGCUGCUAAACCGAUACCGGUCACAGAGCCGAUGCGCAACGACAUCGUAGCAAAGAUCUGCGGGGAAGAUGGACAGGUGGACCCCAACUGCUUCGUCAUGGCCCAGUCAAUAGUGUUUAAUGCCAUGGAACAAGAGCACUUUAGUGAAUUCCUCCGAAGCCACCACUUCUGUAAGUACCAGAUCGAGGUGCUGACUAGCGGGACCGUCUACCUGGCCGACAUUCUCUUCUGCGAAUCUGCCCUCUUCUAUUUCUCUGAGUACAUGGAGAAGGAAGAUGCAGUCAACAUCCUGCAGUUCUGGCUGGCAGCGGACAAUUUCCAGUCCCAACUGGCAGCCAAGGAGGGCCAGUACGACGGGCAGGAGGCGCAAAAUGAUGCCAUGAUCUUAUACGAUAAGUACUUCUCCCUGCAGGCCACUCAUCCUCUGGGUUUCGAUGACUCUGUGCGCCUGGAAAUAGAAUCCAACAUCUGCCGGGAGGGGGGGCCCCUCCCCAACUGCUUCACCACUCCGUUGCGGCAGGCCUGGACUACGAUGGAGAAGGUUUUUUUACCUGGCUUCCUGUCCAGCAACCUGUAUUACAAAUACUUGAACGACCUCAUCCAUUCGGUCCGGGGGGACGAAUUUGCUGGUGGAGGCCUCGCACUGACCGCCCACGGCCCGGGCAGCACGCCUGACCAUGAUUCCCACCACACGGGGGCCUCCGACAGUGCCGCUCCUUCCCAGGCCAGCCACCGAAAGGCCAACAUAAAAAUCCUGAAAAACUUUGACGAAGCAAUAAUUGUAGAUGCCGCCAGCCUGGAUCCGGAGUCUUUGUAUCAACGGACGUAUGCCGGGAAGAUGACGUUUGGGCGCGUCAGUGACCUGGGGCAGUUCAUCCGAGAAUCAGAGCCAGAGCCGGACGUCAAGAAGUCCAAAGGGUCCAUGUUUUCACAAGCUAUGAAGAAAUGGGUGCAGGGAAACACUGACGAGGCCCAGGAAGAGAUGGCCUGGCGGAUCGCCAAGAUGAUCGUCAACGACGUCCUGCAGCAGGCGCAGCCCCACCCAGGGGUGGAAAAAAUCACAAAGCUAUGAUCUUCAAACUUCCCAAGACAAAGGAGGUGUUGUGAUUUUUGCCUCUGAAGAUAAGUGGACUUGUUCUCUCCCUACAGCCUUGCCCUUCUUCAAAACAAAACAAAACAAAACCCAACCUUCCUUCUGGUUGACUCCUCUUUCGACAAAGCUAGUCAAACCCAAACUCUGUGAACUUCUACUAGCGGGUAAUGUUCUGCCCUUCUCUCCUUUUAGAAAGGACAUCGGGGAGGGAAGGGGGGCUAGACUUCCUCUGGUAAGACCCUGUUGCUGCCUCAAAAUAACCCCCACUGCGCUCCAUCUGCAAAGGAUUCUUGGCCCGAAUUAUUUGAAACUGGAAUACAGCCCGUGUUGGGGACCGAAGGCAGGUUCUCUCCCCCUCCGAUUCUCCUCGCUGUGGCUUGCUUUUUUGCUGCAAAUAAUACCUGCGAUCAAAAAAGGUAUGGGGGAGGAGAGCAUCUCUUUAAACUUUCUCAGAGUCCUAUAAGAAAAAGGAAAAAGAAGGAAAAGAAAAAACCUCACCCAGAGUUAUCCCCUUACUUGAAGUGUUCUGAGGAUGUCGCGAACUGCACGUCCCACCACUGGAAAUGGACCAUGGGGACGAAGGACGACAACCAUCCCGCUGUGCCCCUCUGGGCCUUUGUCUUCGGCCACGCACGUUCCCUUGUUUCCGAAUGGCUCAGUACCAGGACCCCCUCCUCCUGCAAGGGCCCUGGGAGCGAAAUACGGGCAGAAGGAAAGGGACCUUUUCUCCUGGGUGUCCCAGAGAGAGGGAAGAGGGUGAGGCUGUUGCACAGAUGCUCCCAUUGCAUUCAAAGAAUCCUCCUUCCACCAGUCUUUCUCCUCCCCCUUUAAAAAUAUAUAUAUAUUUUCGUGGCCAGUUUUAAGGCUUUGGGCCUCUUCUGCCGUUUCCGCCCCCCCAUCACUAUUGUUUGGCUCGUAUCUCUCCCACACCCCAGAGCGAGAUCUCCUCUAUCCCAACAACGGCAACGGGCAGCUCAUUUUCCUGGCGUGCUCAGAGCACUCUCAAAGCCGGGGCCGCACCACCCUAAGCCGGUGGGUGGCAUCUUUGUCCCUCGAAAAGCCUCCACCUCUCUGGAAACAUGGUCUGUUCGGAGGGUUCUUCCCACCCAUCCCCCCAAAAUCCUAUACAUUCCCCCCCCCAAAAGACUUGGGUGUAGAACUAACAGAAGCAAAACACAGCCCGAGUCCCUCCAGGGAGAGCUUUUGAGCGGCCUCCCAGCAUCCAGAAAAGCUCGACUGGUGGAGCAGACGGUUCUGCUUCCCCCCCC